AUGUUUCGCAAGAAGAAAAAGAAGAGGCCAGACAUAUCAGCGCCUAAAAACUUUGAGCACCGUGUCCACACGUCAUUCGACUCCAAGCGAGGCUGCUUUAUUGGCCUGCCAACACAAUGGCAAAGCCUGAUAGAGAACUUGCGCAGGCCCAGGCCCGUGGUGGACCCUUCCAGGAUCACGGAAGUGGAGCUGAGGCCCAAGAAGACCAUUGUGCGUGGGAGCAUGAUCGGUCAUGGAGACUACAUCACAGCCAUGAUCAACGAUAUGAGCCGGCUGUCUGUGACCAGCUCCAAUUCUUUGCGAAAGAGCAGCCCCUCAGCCAGGAAGAGGGCCCAGUCUUUGGGAAGGCUCGGUGAGGUGAACGAGGGCGACACUUACCAAUACGAAGGCCUGAUUCAAGAUGAUGAAGAUGAAGAGGAUGCGGCUCAGGAUCAUUGGCGAGACAAAGCCAGGAACAUCCACAGUGAGUCCAACACUCCCUACUUGGGCAUGAAAAAGAGCAUCACUUUGCAGCCCAAUGGGAUACUACCAAAGGCUACUUCAAGCUUUGAGGUUGGCGAUAGCCCACUGGAGGGACUAUUACAAACAGGCCAGAACCAGAACAUUGCGGUGCCGAGUCACGGCUCUUAUAUGGGUGGUGAUGUGGCCAGCCCUCAGGAAAGAGUCAUAUGGAAGAGAGACUUUCAGCUGGCCAGAGGAAUGCCACCAAAUCAAAUACCUGUUGCAUGGUUCUAUAGCCCAGCUAUGAGUCUGCAGCAGCACCAAGAUCAGAGUGUCACCCCGACGGAGCUUCGGCCAAGUGUACCGAUGUACAUGCACCCUCAGAACAGCCCAGGGAGGCCAUUCUCCUCCUACGAUUUAAAAACGGAUUCAGCAGUGAGGUAUCACUCUGGCUUCCUGCCUACCGGCACCAAUAGUCCUCUAGUCAGCGGCAUCAGACCUCAACGGACCGUCCGAUCCUCAGCGAGUUACACUUUAGGACUGUCUCCCAACAUGGGACUAAGACCCAAUGGACCAGACCCUUUCCUUAGGCACUCUGGCUGCCCCAAUCCUCCUUACCCUCGACAGGACAGCCCAUCCCAACCUCGACCCUCCCCCACAGGCUCUCUUGCAACUAGUCCUCCCGGUACAUGUUCACCCGCCUUCAGACCCCCUCUUCCUUCACCCCGACCACCGCCUGACCCACCAAAGGUAACCCAUGAACAGUUUAAGGCCGCCCUCCAGAUGGUGGUGGAUAAAGGUGAUCCACGUUCUUACCUGGAAAACUUUGUGAAGAUUGGGGAGGGUUCAACGGGAGUGGUGUGCAUCGCCACAGAGAAGCACAGUGGUCGGCAAGUGGCGGUGAAGAUGAUGGACCCGCGGAGGCAGCAGAGGAGAGAGUUGCUCUUUAACGAGGUGGUGAUUAUGAGGGACUAUCAACAUAGGAACGUCGUGGAGAUGUAUAAAUCUGCCCUUGUGGAGGAGGAACUGUGGGUGAUCAUGGAGUACCUGCAAGGUGGAGCUCUAACCAACAUUGUGUCUGAAACCAGGCUGAGUGAAGAACAGAUUGCCACAGUGUGUGAAGCAGUCUUGCAAGCCCUGGCCUACCUCCACUCGCAAGGAGUCAUUCAUAGAGACAUCAAGAGUGACUCAAUACUACUCACGUUAGACGGAAGAGUCAAACUGUCCGACUUUGGCUUUUGUGCUCAGAUCAGUAAGGACAUCCCCAAGAGAAAGUCCCUGGUUGGGACUCCUUAUUGGAUGGCUCCAGAAGUCAUUUCCAAAUCGCCAUAUGGCACUGAGGUGGAUGUCUGGUCCAUGGGUGUCAUGGUAGUGGAGAUGGUGGAUGGAGAGCCACCAUACUUCAGUGAAACCCCAGUGGCAGCUAUGAAGAGACUGAGAGAUGAGUCAGCUCCUACCGUGAGAAAUGUCAACCAGGUGUCUCCAGUUCUUAAGGACUUUCUGGACCGUAUGCUAACACGGGACCCCUUGGAGCGGGCCAGUGCCACUGACCUGCUGGAGCACCCUUUCUUGCUGCAGAGCGGUUCACCUCAGUGCCUGGUCCCUCUAGUGGAGCAGUACCGCAAGCGCAUGUCCCGCUGCUGA